UUAUAAAUUUUGACAUAUCUAGAAUAAAAUAUGGGAUAAAAUACAUAUUUUCAUGGGCUUGCACAUUCUCAAUACAAUUGGAGUUUAGUUAGAUUUACUUUACUUUAAUUUCACUACUGUCGGAUCCUAUCCAUUAAAAUAUCUCUGUUUUGUUUUUUGCAAGUUAUUAACAAGUUAUCUUUUUUAUAUAUAGAUACAACUGGAUAAUAUGACGUUUAUAAUAUGGAUACUAUUCACAGCAGUGAUAUUAAUCAACAAGUAACAAACAAUAACAAACGUGUAGCAAAAAAGUGUGUUAGAAUAUUAAAAAUCUCAUCCCUUUUUAAUGUUGACCUUUCUUUCUACAAACAAGCAGUAUAAUGUAAAACUACCAAAUUACCUUUUUAAAUCUAUUAGUUUACACCUCAGUUAUACAAAUGGUCGGCCCGAUACAGAAUUAUUUCCCGGAUUUAAAGUUUGAAAUUAGUGUUUAAAAUUUAGUGUUGGAAAUAUACUACUUCAACGAUGUCAGAAAACUCAAGCUUAAUGGAAUUAACAAUGGAUCAGAUACAGACCGCUUUUGAUAAAACAUUAAAGACAUUUAAUGAGCCGGGAGUCAGACUUGUCCUGAUAACAAAUAAAUAUGUAGACACUGCCUUAAAAUUUGCUCGAGAAAACUUCAUGACUCGGGAACCAGUUAGCAAAAGUAUUGGAAUAAAAUGGACUGCAGAAUAUGAGCAGCUGUGGAAGAGAUCUUUAGAUCUCAACCUUUCUCUGAUGUUCCUCAGUGAGAAAGAUGAAGAGCCAAUAGCAUUGCGGACAAUAAGAAUAGCUCGAUAUGACGAUACAAAUGAUAGUGACGGUAUCAAAGACCAGCCCUUAAAAGAGGUUGUCCGUCUUCUCGGAUACUGUGACCAAAAGGCGAAUUUCUUUGGCCAUUUUCAUACUCUAGAAGCGUUCCACUUUUUAGGUCUUGCAGUAGCUCCAAAAUAUCAACGGCGUGGCUAUGCUACGAAGAUAUUCAACACUGCAGUUGAAAUGAUUCGUAAUUUUGGAAUAGAUCCUGUGUAUAUUAAAGUCGAGGGUUCCUCGAAUUUUUCGAAGAAAAUUUUUGAAAAGACAGGUAUGGAAAGUUUAUACGAACUGUUUUUUGAUGAUUGGGAAGUUGAAGGAAGGACAUUAAUUCAGAAUACGGGCAUUCAUAGGUCUGUUAAAAUGUAUGGCAUGAAAUUAUCAACAGGAUAACGGUGCGACAAUGAUGAUGAUUUUGUUGUAAAGGUAGACAUUCUAACAAAACUUCCAAUAUGACCUUCGCCUACUGACUUCAAGAAAGGAGUUAAUGAUACACCCCUUAACCAGCUGCAUUUUUGAUAUGGAUUUGCCGAUCUUUAAAACAUAAAUUUUGUGAUUUUUAUAUAUCAAAUUUUGAGCUACAAAACGUUAAGAGCUUGAACUGACUGCACAAAUGGCCCGGAUGCUGACCUGGCUCUUCCCUUGUGGUAAAAUGACUGAUGAUUUGUGUGUGAAGGCAGUCAAAGGGUAUACACAGUUGGACAAAACGUAUAUAGAGAUAAUCCAAGCCCAGCCAGGAUGCUCAUUUUGUGUACUGAUUUUGAGAUAUUGUGAUUUUUAAAUGAUUCUUAUUUAAUUUUUAUCGUUUCGAUACCAAUUUUUGUUUCCUCUAAAUUAACAUAGUGGUUAUGUUGUUUGACAAUAGACAUUAUUUGUGAUCGUAGGAAAAGAAUAUACCAAAGAAAGUUAUAUUUCUAGAUAUAAAGCUAAUGCAAGUUUAUGAUAAAACAAGUUGUUUUAUUAAAGCAACCACGUUGUCUUUGAACUAGCAAAAACUUUAGUAACUGAUAUUUCGUCUUGCUUAAAAUUUCUUAAUCAUUACAACUUUAUUAAUGACUAAAUAAUUAGAUGGUUGAGCUUCAUGGCCCAAUAAACAUAAUGUGGUUUCUUGGCUUAAUGAACCUUUUUAAAGUUUUGAUGUGUAUGGCGAGUUUUAAGAUUUUCAU